GAGCAGGUACCCGCUCCUGCACCUGUUUCUCUUGCACCUGCUGUGCAGCUGCUCCUCCCCGGCUCGGCUCUCCUGGCUUGAGCCUGGCCUGGCACGACACCCUGGAGGCACCCCCAGCGCCCCCAACUCUCCCUCUGGGGCAGCUCCUACACUCAGCUCCUUCUCUAAGGAAGGUCUGCCUCCUACCCAGAGCAGCCAGGAUUACAGAAAGCCCCACCCUCAGCAAGGCACGCCAUGACAGAAGUUGGUUGGUGGAAGCUGACCUUUCUCCGGAAAAAGAAAUCUACUCCCAAGGUGUUGUAUGAGAUCCCUGACACCUAUGCCCAAACAGAGGGCUGCGCAGAGCCCCCUCGGCCAGACAGUGGGAGCCCCAACAGUGACUUUGACACCCGCCUUGAGAAGAUCGUGGACAAGAGCACAAAAGGCAAGCAUGUCAAAGUCUCCAACUCGGGUCGUUUCAAGGAGAAGAAAAAAGUGCGGGCCACCCUGGCAGAGAACCCCAACCUCUUUGAGGACAGGGAGGGUAAAGGACAGUGAAGGGGGGCAAGAAGGAGGUUAGGACCUCCCCGCUCCCUGCCAUCAGCUGGAUCUGAUAGGAGCUUGCUACCCUGGCCUCUGGGGCCACAGCUAAAACACAGGGGCUGUGGAUGCCUGCUGGACGCCUGCUGGCAGGAAAUGUCUGUGUUUAGGUUUGUAUUUAUGCACCUCAGCUGUCUGGAAGGCCUGGGGGAGCCCAGGUUCCUCUACCUCCCACACCAUAUACAAAAGUACUCCAGCUGACAAAUGAAAAGUCCCACCUUGCAAGGACAGCCCUCUCUGAAGUAGUGACAGUGCCAGCCAGAAGGUGGGCUUGGCAAGUGUGGAGCUGAGCAGACUUCACCUCCUCACAGGGCACAGGGUCAGGGGUGAGUGUGAAUUGCUGUUCCCUCAACUUUCUCUACCGGCAACUAUUUCUUGGACCUAUUCUGAGAGGACAUUUUCCAGAAGCCAUGUGAUGAGGGAGGCGACUUCCUGGAGCUGGAGGCAGAGACACUGAACUUGAGUUCACCUUCUAACAGGAGUAGGAAACUUCUGGAAACUUAACUCCCAGGUGCCCAAGGGGAGGAGGAUCCUGGUGCUCCCUGGGGGACUGCAGAAGAACCCCCCUAGGUUCCUGUAUAUACCCUCAAAGGGAAGUCAUGCUGGCCCAGUGACAUAAACCAGGAAGGGGUUAGGAAAUCUCUGUUUAGGGGCAAAGAACAGUCUUCUGUUCUCUUCUCUCCUCCCUCCACUAGUAUUUAAGAUGGAUCAGCCCCAGAUAUGAGUCCUGGAGCCUCGAAUUUUCCUUUAAAAAAUAAUAACUGUAGGUUUCUCUUUUUGUAAUAAACGACACUGCAAAAGCAGAGAGCUUA